CGAGAAGUAGAAAGGAAAUUAAGAGAGGAGACUCAAGCUUUUGAAAAAGACCGGGCUGGGUGGCAAUUGCGUGAAUCCGAAUUGACUGGUCAAGUAAAAGCUCUCCAAGAAACAAUUAAUGUUCUCGCUCAACAAAAUGAAGCACAAAAGAAAAAUGGGCAGUCAAGUUCUAACGAUGGUAUAAUCCCAAUUCAUCUCUUUUAUCUUUAUGAAUUUUCAAUAAUGAUUGAUGGCCCUCCGUUAACUCCUACUGCAGGCUCUACGCCUUCACAUUAUACUGUUUUGCGUGAGGCUAAGACAGCUCAACGAACCAUUAAAGAACUUGAAAGACGUGUUAAUGAGUUGACAACUGAAAUUGAAAAUGUUAAACGAGCACAUACCGAUUCAAUGAAUACAAACAAGAACCAUGUUGCUAGGAUUCAUCAUUUAGAAAAUGAGCUUGGUCAAGUUAAACAUAUGAAUCAAACUUUAAUGGAAGAAAAUGAAGGGUAUCAAUUAUUGUUACAUGAAAAAACCAUGAAAGGUGAAUUUAUGUUAAAUCCUAUCAUGCAGACAAAUCACACAAACAUUGAUGAUGGUGCAUCAAUUCAAAAUGCUGUAGCCGGUUUAAAUUCAAUUGCCUUAGAUUUACAAGCUGAAAUGAAACGUGCAUCCGAUCUUGAUAACUUUCUUCAAGGCGAGCGUGUACAUAAAGAGAGUGACCACACUAUUAUUGAGAAAUUGCAGGAUGAAAUCAAAGCACUUAAAGAUUCUAACAAAGCAAUGUCCCUUUAUAUUGAAAGAAUUCUCAAUCGUAUCAUGGAAGCUAAAGGCUUUGAAGAAAUUUUAUCUAGUGACUGGUCAGCAAAAAAGACAGUCUCUUCACCUACUUCACCAACUACAGGUUCAUUUAAUUUGAGUCAGGAGCCCGCAAAAAAGAAAAUGGAAAGGCGAAAAACCUUUUCUAGUUUUCACAUACGAAGUGCUUCCCAGCCUCAAAAUAAUCUCAAAUCUGUAAUACAAGAAAAUAUAGCAGAAGAGCCUGAACAAACACGAUCUAAGGAAAAUGAAACAGUUCAACUUGUUGAUUUGUCUAAACGAUCACGAAGAAAUUCGACAUCAACAGGUUUUAGAAAUGGAGGAAAACGAUUUAGUAAUUUCUUCAGUUUCGGUAUGGGUACAAAGGAAAGUGAAAAGAAGGAUGAUCCUCAUUUAAAACAACUGAUCAUUGUACAGGAAAAUCAAAAAGAAUGA